AUGUCAGGGCGCAUAAACCCGUGUUCAAGGUGUUUAAUUGAAAAUUGUAUUAUUUCAAAAAUAGAUGACGAUCCUAGGGAUGAAGUAAUAAAUGACGCAAUCGUUUCACAAGUAGAAGACAAAACCAAAAAAUUGCUACGAUUGUAUUUAAAAAAAAAAAAAGAGUAUUUGUCCAGUUUGGCAACGAAGAAAUGUAUACAAACGUCUACAACUACAAAACCAAUAGUCUACAAACUGAACAAUAAUAACGUAUCAAAAAAGUCAUGGGAUAUCAAUCGAUUAAACGAAUUAUCCAAGCCCAGAAUCGAUUAUUACGAAUACACUUUAGAUGAUCAAAGAGUUGGACCAAUAUUUUACGGAUUACCCUUUAUCGGCUGUAUUACUCCAUUACGGCAAUCUAAUCUUGAAAUACUUAUAAAUACUUAUAGACUACUUUGCAAUUGUUGCACAGUACCUUUAUGGAUGUUGUUGCCGAGGUUAAAAAAAUUGUCCGUAGCUCAGAAACGGACUGACAUAGCCGAACACAUUARGACGGACACAUUUUCGGUCAAAAAAUCAGCGCUGAAAUAUGUUGCUUCUGAAAGGUUAAAACGGUUAGCGACACCACGAUCAGUUCACCAAGAUGAUUUUUAACCCUUUAUAGGGCAUUAGUUAAAAUAUGAACAGAAAUGGAUGGAAUUUUCAGGAUAACAUAACUAUAGAUAUACUAUUUGGACUGAAUUCAUCAGACAACUGAGUUUUAAAAAUAUGUCAUAUAAUACACGUGCAUAAAGUUGGACUUUUAAUGGUCUACACAUUUUUUAUGGUACUACUUGUAGUAUUUACAGGUCUGAAUAUCUAUAAUGUCUGAGUAGUACCAUCAUUAAACAGCUUAAAGACCAUUCAAUGUCUCAAUAAAUAUCAAAUACAAAUACGUAAUGGUAAAAAAUAUUUUACCGCGUAUAGACGAUGGAAGAGUGUGGCUCAGUUAAAUAGUUUUAAAAUGAAUUACUAAAAGAUAAAUUAUUUAAAUUAUCAGCAUAAAAAGUAGUUGGACGAUUUUUUCUUUAAAAUAGUUUAUUCAAUUAUUUUAAAGUAUUCAAUAACUCAAAGUUAGCCAAUAUGUAGUUGGCCGAAUUGUGUCAAAUCCGAUCGGCCAAAAUAGGGUGAAACUUAAAAUUGCUCUCACUCCCGAUUUUGCUUUUUAAGUAUUCAAAAUGAUGAAAAUAUAAAUUUUAUACUUUAAAAUUGA